GGUGUUGGGGCGCGCUCUGAGCUGAUCUUGGAGCCCUGGAGAGGGGGGCUACAGGGUGCCCACAGCGCCCAUGAACUUGGGGCUGGCAGGGUCCCUGCAGGUCCAGUUAGCAUUGGAGACUGUGAUCCAGACACUGGGGAGCAAUGUCCUGGGGUCUGGCCAGGAGAAGGGCCUGAGCCUGCAGGAUCUGGUCACGGCCUCGCAGCCUGCCAGCCUACCUGUCUACAUCAGGGAGAUCAUCACCCGUAACCUCUGUCAGUCUGAGAGCCCAGCCCCACUGCAGGACCCAGAGAUGGCCUCGAUGCUGUCACUGCAGGAGGAGAACCAGCUGCUACAACAGGAGCUGUCCCGCGUGGAGGAUCUGCUAGCCCAGAGCCGAGCCGAGCGUGAUGAGCUUGCCAUUAAGUACAACGCAGUCAGCGAGAGGCUGGAGCAGGCUGUGCGGCUGGAGUCUGGGGAGCCGGAGGCGCAGGAGCCCAGGGGGCUAGUGCGGCAGAGCGUGGAGCUGCGGAGGCAGCUGCAGGAGGAACAGGCCUCCUACCGGCGCAAGCUGCAGGCUUACCAGGAGGGCCAGCAGCGGCAGGCCCAGCUGGUGCAGAGGCUGCAGGCCAAGAUUCUCCAGUACAAGAAGAAGUGCUCCGAGCUGGAGCAGCAGCUGCUGGACAGGUCCACAGAACUGGAGCAGCAGCGGCUGAGGGACACAGAGCACAGCCAGGACCUGGAGAGCGCCCUCCUGCGCCUGGAGCAGGAACAGCAGAGGAGUGCCAGUCUGGCCCAGGUGAACUCUCUGCUGCGGGAGCAGCUGGAACAGGCAGGCUCAGCCAACCAGGCUCUGAGUGAGGACAUCCGCAAGGUGACCAGCGACUGGACCCGCAGCUGCAAGGAGCUGGAGCAGCGGGAGGCGGCUUGGAGGCGCGAGGAGGAGUCCUUCAAUGCCUACUUCAGCAGCGAGCACAGCCGCCUGCUCCUUCUCUGGAGGCAGGUAGUGGGGCUCCGACGUCUGGUCUGCGAGGCAAAGAUGGGCACAGAGAGAGACCUGCUGCAGCUGGGAAGGGAGCUGGUCCGCACAUCCCGGGCCAUCCAGGAGGCAGGUCAGGGGCUGAGUGCAGGCCUACAGCAGGCCGAGAGCCGGGCCGAGGCAGCCCUGGAGAAGCAGGCCCAGCUGGAGGAGCAGCUGCGAGACAGGGUACUCCGGGAGAAGGAUCUGGCCCAGCUGCAGUUGCAGAGUGACCUAGACAAGGCUGAUCUCAGUGCCAGAGUGACAGAGCUGGCCCUGUCCGUGGAGCGCCUCCAGAACCAGAACCUGGAGAAAGAGCAGGUCAACAGGACCCUCUCUGACAAGCUGGAGGCUCUGGAAUCUCUGCGGCUACAGGAGCAGGCAGCCCUGGAGGCAGAGGAUGGCGAGGGGCUGCAGCAGACCUUGAGGGACCUGGCACAGGCUGUCCUGUCAGACACCGAGAGCGGAGUCCAGCUGAGCGGCUCGGAGCGCACUGCAGACACCUCGGAUGUCAGCCUACAGGGGCUCUCUGGUCUGCGGACCCCGUCCCCGCCACGACGCUGCUCCCCAGGCCGUGGCCGUUCCCCCCGCCGCGGCCCAUCUCCAGCCUGCUCGGACUCCUCCACGCUCACGCUGAUCCAGUCUGCCCUGCACAAGCGCCAGCUGCAGGUCGAGGACAUGCGUGGGCGCUAUGAGGCCAGCCAGGACCUCCUAAGCACCCUGCGGAAGCAACUCGGUGACUGCGAGGGCGAACGGCGGGCCCUGGAAGAACAGCUUCAGCUCCUGCGGGACAAGAUUGAUGGAGCCACUCAGGCCCAAGAGGAUGCCCAGCGCGAGGCCCAGCGCCUGCGGAGCGCCAAUGACCUCCUGAGCAGGGAGAAGAGCAGCCUGGCUCACAGCCUGCAGGUGGCCCAGCAGCAGGCUGAGGAACUGCGCCAGGAGCUGGAGAAGCUGCAGGCUUCCCGGGAGGAGCUGCAGCGGCAGCAGGGACGGCUGGAGGAAGAGCAGGAGGAUGCUGUGCAGGAAGGAGCCCGGGCCCGCAGGGAGCUGGAGCGCAGUCAUAGGCAGCUAGAGCUGCUGGAAGUGAAGCGCUCAGGGCUGGCGAAGGAGCUGGUGGAGGUGAGGGAGGCCCUGAGCUCUACCACACUGCAGCGGGAUGUGCUGCAGGCCGAGAAAGCUGAGGUGGCAGAGGCCUUGACCAAGGCCGAGGCUGGCCGUGUGGAGCUUGAACUCUCCAUGACCAAGCUGAGGGCAGAGGAGGCUUCCCUGCGGGACUCCUUGUCCAAGCUGAGCUCCCUCAAUGAGAGCCUCGCUCAGGAUAAGCUGGGGUUGAACUGCCUCAUUGCUCAGCUGGAGGAGGAAAAGGCGGCCCUACUGGGCCGGCAGCAGCAGGCCGAGCACACUGCCACCUUGGCGUUGGAGGAGCAGGAGCGGCUGGAGCAGCUGCGGCAGGAGCAGGAGGUGGAGCGGCAGGGCCUGGAAGGCUCCCUGCAUGCAGCCGAGCAGGCCCGGGAGGCACUGGAGCAGCAGCUCCUCACGCUGCGCAGCGAACGCAGCAGGUUGCAGGAGCAACUGGCGCAGCUCUCCAGGCAGCUGAGUGGACAGGAGCAGGAGCUGGAGCAGGCUCAGCGGGAGUCGCAGCGGCAGGUAGAGGCACUGGAGAGAGCCACCCGGGAGAAGGAGGCGUUGGCCAAGGAGCGGGCUGGCCUGGCCGUACAGCUGGCGGCAGCAGAGCGCGAGGGCCGGACCCUGUCCGAGGAGGCCACCCGCCUACGCUUAGAGAAGGAAGCCCUGGAGAGCAGCCUGUUCGACGUGCAGAGGCAGCUGGCGCAGCUCGAGGCCCGCCGGGAGCAGCUAGAAGCUGAUGGACAAGUCUUGCUGCUAGCCAAGGAGACCCUGACUGGAGAGUUGGCAGGCCUACGGCAGCAGCUGGCAACCGCAGAACAGAAAGCUGCUCUGGAUAAGGAACUGAUGGCCCAGAAACUGGUACAGGCAGAGCGGGAGGCACAGGCUUCUCUGCGGGAGCAGCGGGCAGUCCACGAGGAGGACCUGCAGCGGCUCCAGCGGGAGAAGGAGGCAGCAUGGCGGGAGCUGCAGACAGAGCGGGCCCAGCUGCAGGGCCAGCUGCAGCGGGAGCGGGAGGAGCUGCUGGCUCGGAUGGAGGCUGAGAAGGAGGAGCUGAGUGAGGAGAUCGCUGCCCUGCAGCAGGAGCGCGACGAGGGCCUGCUCCUGGCCGAGAGCGACAAGCAGCAGGCCUUGUCUCUGAAGGAGUCUGAGAAGACAGCAUUGUCUGAGAAGUUGAUGGGGACCCGGCACAGCCUAGCGGCCAUCUCUCUGGAGAUGGAACGGCAGAGGCGAGAUGCGCAGAGCCGGCAGGAGCAGGACCGGAACAUGGUGAAUGCCCUGACAUCUGAGCUGCGGGACGUCCGGGCCCAGCUGGAGGAGGCUGCCGCUGCCCAUGCUCAGGAAGUGAAGAUGCUUCAGGAGCAAGCCAGGGACCUUGGCAGGCAGCGGGAGUCCUGCAUGCGGGAGGCAGAAGAGCUUCGGACUCAGCUGCGCCUGCUGGAGGACACCCGUGACGGGCUGCGACGGGAGCUGCUGGAGGCCCAGCGCAAGGUUCGGGACAGCCAAGAGGGUCAUGAGGCCCAGCGCCAGGAAGCUGGAGAGCUGCGGCGCAGCCUGAGCGAGGGUGUCAAGGAGCGUGAGGCCUUGAGGCGCUCCAACGAGGAGCUGCGGGCUGCCGUGAAGAAGGCUGAGAGCGAGCGCGUCAGCCUGAAGCUUGCUAAUGAGGACAAGGAGCAGAAGCUGGUGCUCCUGGAGGAGGCUCGGGCUGCUGUGGGCAAGGAGGCUGGGGAGCUGCGGGCAGGCCUGCAGGAGGUGGAGCGCUCUCGGCUGGAGGCUCGGCGCGAGCUGCAGGAGCUCCGGCGCCAGAUGAAGAUGCUGGACAGUGACAAUGCCAGGCUGGGCCGGGAGCUAGCUGAGCUGCAGGGCCGCCUGGCCUUGGGUGAGCGGGCAGAGAAGGAAAGCCGGCGAGAGGCCCUGGGCCUCCGGCAGAAGCUGCUGAAGGGCGAGGCCAGCCUGGAGGCUCUGCGGCAGGAGCUCCAGGGAUCCCAGAGGAAGCUGCAGGAGCAAGAGGGCGAUUUCCGAACUCGCGAGCGAGGCCUGCUGGGCUCCCUGGAGGAGUCUCGCAAGGCGGAGAAGAAGCAGCUGGACAUGGCCCGCAGCCUGGAGCUGCGGCUGGAGUCCAUGCGGGCGGAGGCUGCGGAGCUGGGGCUGCGGCUGAGCGCCGCAGAAGGCCGGGCACAGGGCCUGGAGGCCGAGUUGGCCCGCGUGGAGGCGCAGCGGCGCACCGCAGAGGCUCAGUUGGGUGGCCUGCGCUCAGCCCUGCGUAGGGGCCUGGGUUUGGGCCGAGCGUCCAGUCCGGCUCCAAGGCCAGUGCUCUGCUCGCCGGUUAGGGACACACCUGUAGGAGGAAGUGGAGAAGGACUCAGCAGCCCCAGCCCCUUAGAGCGCAGCCCUGGGUCCCUGCCUCCAUCCCCAGGACCUGUCACAUCCCCUGCGUCUCCAGAUCUGGACCCCGAGGCAGUGCGGGGAGCUCUCCGGGACUUCCUGCAGGAGCUGCAGCGCGCCCAGAGGGAGCGAGAUGAACUUCGGAUUCAGACCAGCACCCUGAGUCGACAGCUGGCUGAGAUGGAAGCCGAGAGGGACAGUGCAACCUCACGGGUCAGGCAGCUGCAGAAGACAGUGACUGAGAGUGAGGAAGCCCGGCGCAGUGCAGAUGGACGGCUGAGUGGGGCCCAGGCGGAGCUGGCCCUGCAGGAGGAGAGUGUGCGGCGCAGCGAGCGGGAGCGCAGGGCCACGCUGGACCAGGUGGCUGUGCUGGAGAGAAGCCUUCAGACCACCGAGAGCGAGCUCCGGGCCAGUCAGGAUAAGAUCAGCAAGAUGAAAGCCACCGAGGCCAAGCUGGAGAAUGACAAGCGGCGCCUGAAGGAGGUGCUGGACGCCUCAGAGAGCCGCUCCAUCAAGCUUGAGCUGCAGCGGCGCGCUCUGGAGGGCGAGUUGCAGCGCAGCCGCCAGCGCCUAGGUGAUGGGCAGGCCCAGGCCCAAGCCCUCCAGGAUCGGGUGGACUCCCUGCAGAGACAGGUCGCAGACAGUGAAGUGAAGGCGGGAACCUUGCAGCUGACUGUGGAGCGGCUGAAUGGGGCUCUGGCCAAGGUAGAGGAGAGUGAGGGGGCCCUGCGGAGCAAGGUCCAGAGCCUGACCGAAGCCCUGACCCAGAGCAGCAGCAGUCUGACCAGCACCCAGGACAAGAACCUGCACCUGCAGAAGGCCUUGACGGCCUGUGAACACGACCGCCAAGUGCUCCAGGAGCGGCUGGACGCCGCCCGCCAGGCGUUGUCUGAAGCGCGAAGACAGAGCAGCUCCUUGGGCGAGCAGGUGCACACGCUGCGGGGCCAGCUGGCUGACCUGGAGCAGCAGCGGGCGGAGGCUGAGGGCCAGCUGCACCAGCUGCAGCAGGUGUUGCGGCAGCGGCAGGAGGGCGAGGCCACUGCUCUGCACUCUGUCCAGAAGCUGCAGGAGGAACGGCGGCUGCUGCAGGAGCGCCUGGCCAGCUUGCAGCGGGCCCUGGCUCAGCUGGAAGCCGAGAAGAGAGAGGUGGAGCGCUCUGCCCUGCGUCUCGACAAGGACCGCAUGGCUCUCAGGAAGACACUGGAUAAGGUGGAGCGGGAGAAACUUCGCAGCCAUGAGGACACGAUGCGGCUGAGUGUGGAGAAGGGCCGCCUGGACCGCACUCUCUCCGGGGCUGAGAUAGAGCUGGCCGAGGCCCAGCAACAGAUCCAGCAGCUGGAGGCCCAGGUGGUAGCCCUGGAGCAGAACCACAGCCCCACCCAGCUGGAGGCAGGUGAGCAGCAGCAGCUGGAGCUGCAGCAGGAGGUGGAGCGCCUGCGCAGUGCCCAGGUGCAGACGGAGCGGACCCUGGAGGCGAGAGAGCGGGCCCACCGCCAGCGCGUGCGGGGGCUGGAGGAGCAGGUGUCCACACUGAAGGAGCAGCUGCAGCAGGAGCUUCGUAGGAGCUCAGCCUCCUUCUCUCCACCCUCCGGGCCCCUGGAGAAAUGAGCCCCUUCUGGCUGUUACCCUCUGCACAGCCCAUCCAGGGCUGGACUGUUGGGGUGAGGGGAGCCUGAGUGGCAUACCGGGUGGCUUCCAGUUGUUGCCAGGCCACCCCCAUCAUUCCAGGCCCUUCUCCUGGGAGGGCCACUCUCGAUUGUGGGAGUCCUUCUGAGUGGCUGAGCCAAAGCCAAGGGUCAGGGAGAGCCCUUGUCUCCAGCCAGCUCUGGAGCACAGAUCCCUCUGCCUUAGUUCAAUGUUGUCAGCAAACUCCUCAGUGAGUUUAGAGCCCUUGUAUUUUUGUAUUUUUUAUAAUGUUAACUGUUGAGAACUGUUGUGGUUUUUGUAACAUGAUCCAUUUUCUAGAA